UUCGUGUUUUAUGAGAAGGUUCUUCGAUUUUCUCAUUGAUAAUCUUUUCGUUUUGUGCUUUAAAAUAACAAAGUAGCUACCGCAGAAGUGAAUAUACGUUUCCUUUCGUCAUGCUCUUGAUCAGCAUGCAUUCAAAAUGAUAUUUGAAGUCAAAAUAUACUCAAUAUGAGACUGAAAACUCUUGUUCACUCGGUCGAAAAUAAAUAAUAAAAUAAAGAUCUUCAGGCAGGAGUCUGCAUACAGCUUACAGCUGUAUUCUCUCGUUUCUUCUUACUUACUUUGUUAGUAAGUUAUCAAGUUUCCUUUGGCAUCCCAUUAUUCACUAUCACGAUGGCGACAGGUGAACGUGAGCAGGGUUUAGAUGAUGGAUUGACACAUUUAUCCAAUCAAUUAUCAAUAGCUAGAAAAGAAUUGCAGAAUAUAAGAAAAGAUUUGCGGCGACUGAACAGCUGCUAUCAGAAAGACAUAGAUAACGUGAUAACUUCUCUAAAAAGCUGGAAAUGCGAAUCGUGCUCGGCUUCCGGUGUUGCCGAAAGUUCUACAUCUACGACGAAGCAAGAAGACGAAGAUAAUGCACUGGUAUUUCAGCCGAUCGGUUUGAUUACGUCGUCGUUCCAAGAAAAAAGAGGAACUCCUCGACAACCUGGAAUAUGUAUCAAUAGCUCUGGCAGAAUAACUUUAUUCAAUAGUAUUUUCACUAAUCCUAGUCACGCUUUGGAAGGAUUAGAUCAAUUUUCUCAUAUGUGGAUUUUAUUUCAUUUUCAUAAAAAUGACACUACCCACGUACGAGCGAAAGUUGCACCUCCUCGUUUGAAUGGAUUGCGGACUGGUGUAUUUGGAACUAGAUCUCCUCAUAGACCAUCACCUGUAGGUCUCUCUUUGGUUCGAAUCGAUCGCGUCGAAGGUUCCUCGGUGUAUUUCUCUGGCGUUGAUAUGUUGGAUGGUACUCCAGUAUUGGAUAUCAAACCUUACAUUCCUCAAUACGAUAAUCCUUUGAAUUUGGGCCACACUUGCAAUUCAACGGAUACGUUACGGGAUAGGCUUUCUGUAGGUGAACCGUUAGAUGAUUGCGUUCGUAUGCCUAGAGAAGCUCCAGAUGGCGAAGAAUGUGGUUCUGCAGAUGACGGAGCUAAGCCACCUGCACAUUCUGCGUUUACGGAAGAACAGAUUCGAGUUCCUCAGUGGAUAUCAGAACCGAUCAAUAGCCAAUUGACGGUUACGUUCAAGGAAAGAGCAAACUCGUAUUUAGAUUCUCCCGAGUGUACAGACGAAACUGGCAGCAGUGAAAAUUUACGUAAUACUAUUACACGUAUUUUAGAAGAAGAUCCGCGUUCGGUUUACGUGCGCGAAAGAUAUAGCAAUCAAUUUUACACAUUCCUAAUCGAUGACCAUCAUGUUAGUUGUAAAUUUGAUGACACUAAUCAUUCCGUUCAAGUGUAUAAAAUUGUAAAAGCCAGUUCGGUAACUGAAUGGAAAGGAUCGUUCGAUAAGUCUGAACACGAUCAUUAAUUAAUUGAUCAUUUUUUUUUAGAUGCUUAGUUAUUCUUUUAACGAUCUCAGUCGAAAAUGUUUUCUUUUUGUUUUUUAUUGUUUUACAAAAUAAGUAUGUAUGUUGUACGAGACGAUGAAUUUUGAUGUGAUCUAAACGAAAAUGUAUUCAAGACGUCUAGUUAUUACCGGUAUAAGUAAUUAUAGUAACAAAAGGUUGAUGUAAAAGUAAAAUUCGACUCCCGAUGUGAUUAUUGUUAAUUUAAAAAUCAAUACUGAUGAAAAAUAAGUUUCGGUGACGUUACUCUGACUUUAAAAAUCUGUAUCCUUCACAGCCUCCUGCAACUACACAAUUUCCGUAGGGUUUAGAUCAAAAAAUCGAAGUUUUGUAAUUUACACGAAAUCGCACGAAUACUUUUUUAUCACGAUUUUAAGCUUCCAAGUCUCAGUAACGUCGACCCAGAUAAUUUAGAUUUUAUUCGUUACUCUGUAAGAUUAUUUUAGAAGUGAAAGACAGCGAAAUAUCAUUCAUCGUAUCACUGAGAUGAAAAAAAAUAUGUAUCUCGAAAAGAAAAUCUCAUAAUUAAUAAACCAAUUCCCAAAA